GACAGGCGGCAACGCCGAAGCGUCGCCUCGCCUGUUCCCAGACAAUCUGCGCUCAGGACUUACUGUAGCAGCCAUCCAGAUCUUCAAACUGGCUGCAGCUUGAUAAACUACUGGAGGGUGAGCUGAAUCCGGGAGUCGUGUCUCCUCUCUGCCCUGCCUCACGGUCCAACACCUCCAGCCUCUGUUUGGAGACGGCGACGACGAUGUGACCGUCGGACUCGGCCACAGCCAUGUGACCUGCUAUUAUGGAUCUGAGAAUCAGCAUACAUUGAAUCAACCCUCAUCCAGCCACAAUGGUCCCACUUCUGUUUUUGGUGGCAACCACAACAACAUCCAAUUCCACUGGCAAUGGCAACCAUACACAAGAAGACGUUACAUUCCCCAGCCACCACAUCCUCCCCACCGUGCUGGUCGUGUCCCUGCUGCUGGUCAUCAUCGCACUGCUUGCCUGGUACUUCCUCAGGUUAAAAAACCAGAGAAAAGCAGUCGUCACAACAGUUGACAAGAAGAUACCGAAUGGCAUCCGGGAGGAACAAGAGCUUGGAUACAGCUCUGAGUCCUUAUACACCAUUGUACCACCAGAGCAACAGACGGUGGUCCUCCUGCCCAGAUCCCCCUCGGCCUCAAAGACCUACUUCCCCAUCCCGGUGGACCACCUGGAGGAGGAGUACCGGCUCCGCUCAGCCGACGAUGGCAAGCUCUUCAGGGAGGAGUACAACUCCUUGCCGGGGGGCAAUGCCCAAGGGACGUACGAGGAGGCCAACAAGGACGAAAACAAGGAGAAGAACAGAUACCCCAACAUCCUCCCCUAUGAUCAUUCCAGAGUGGUGUUGACUCAGCUGGAUGGAAAUCCCUGUUCAGACUAUGUGAAUGCUUCUUACAUUGACGGUUACACGGAAAAAAACAAAUUUAUAGCUGCGCAAGGUCCAAAGGAAGACACGGUAGCAGAUUUCUGGAGGAUGAUAUGGGAGCAGAAAGUAUCGACUGUUGUCAUGUUGACAAAUCUGAAAGAAAGAAAAGAAGACAAGUGCUAUCAGUACUGGCCAGAUCAGGGCUGUUGGACCUACGGAAACGUGAGAGUGGCCGUUGAAGACUUUACUGUCCUGGUGGACUACACGAUACGCAAGUUCUGUGUACAAUAUCAGGCCAGUGAUGCUGCUAAGACUCCUCGCCUCGUCACUCAGCUCCACUUCACCAGCUGGCCGGACUUUGGGGUUCCUUUCUCCCCCAUCGGCAUGCUCAAGUUCCUCAAGAAGGUCAAGGCGGUGAAUCCCCCCUUCGCUGGGCCGAUCGUGGUCCACUGCAGCGCCGGCGUCGGGAGGACGGGAACCUUCAUCGUCAUUGACGCCAUGAUUGACAUGAUGCACCCGGAGCAGAAAGUCGACGUGUUCGGGUUCGUCUCCAAGAUCCGGGAGCAGCGCUCACAGCUCAUUCAGACAGACAUGCAGUACUCGUUCGUCUACCAGGCGCUGCUGGAAUACUACCUCUACGGAGACACGGAGCUGGACGUGUCGUCUCUGGAAGGACAUCUGCACAAGCUGCACAACACCUUCGCCAACGGCGACCGUGUUGGCCUGGAGGAAGAGUUUAAGAAACUGACCAACAUGCGAAUAAUGAAGGAGAACAUGCGGACGGGGAACCUCCCUGCCAACAUGAAGAAGAACAGAGUCCUGCAAAUCAUCCCGUACGACUUCAACAGAGUCAUUCUCUCCAUGAGAAGAGGUCAAGAGUUCACCGAUUACAUCAAUGCAUCUUUUAUAGAUGGUUACCGACAGAAAGACUACUUCAUCGCCACACAGGGGCCUCUCACUCACACGGUGGAGGAUUUCUGGAGGAUGGUGUGGGAGUGGAAGUGCCACUCGAUUGUCAUGCUCACCGAGCUCCAGGAGAGGGAGCAGGACAAGUGCUGCCAGUACUGGCCCAUGGAGGAUUCCGUCACCUACGGAGAUUAUGCAGUAGAGCUGAAGGGAGACACUCUGUGUGAAACCUUUAGUCUACGAGACAUGGUACUCACCUUUGUCCCGGAGAAGCAGACAAGGAUGAUCAGGCACUUCCACUUCCACGGCUGGCCGGAGAUCGGCAUCCCGGCCGAGGGGAAAGGCAUGAUUGACAUCAUUGCCGCGGUGCAGAGACAGCAGCAGCAGUCCGGGAACCACCCCAUCGUCGUUCACUGCAGUGCCGGUGCAGGGCGGACAGGUACAUUCAUCGCACUGAGCAAUAUCUUGGAGCGAGUCAAAGCAGAGGGCCUGCUGGACGUGUUCCAAACUGUGAAGAGUUUACGAAUGCAGAGGCCUCAUAUGGUCCAAACUGUGGAACAGUAUGACUUCUGCUACAGGGUGGUACAAGACUUUGUCGACAUUUUCUCAGACUAUGCCAAUUUUAAAUGACGAGAUCUGCCUUAAACAUGGUUUUUAAUGUUGUUUUCUAAAGGUUUGUCGGUUUUGUGUGUUUCUCUUAACUUUGUCAGAUGAUCUUCUAUUUUGCUAUGCACUCGUCCUACAUUAACUCCAGCUCCUCUCUCGCUGUAAUAUACGGUAUGUCAGUGGAUGUAAACUGUAAAUGAGAAAAGAUUAAUAAUGUAUAUUUCACACCAUGUAUGAUAAAUACUUUGUCAUCACGUGUUGUUUCAAAGUUGGUCUCUGAUUCCAGUUUUGUUGUAUAAUAUUGUACUUUAAACAUUUAUCUAAGUGUAAUUUUGAAUUGACCACAUAAUAUUUUUAAAAGUUAUUGUAAAUGUAUUUAUGUAUUGACGGAGACAUUCCUGUCGUGGCUUUGGAGAACAUAAGAGAAAUGUUGAUAUGUUUGCUUUUUUUCUUUUGUUGAUUAUAAACAGGCAUCCUUUCAUUUACUGAGACUUCUUAGAUCAGAGACGAUUCUCAAGCUUGAUGCUACAAGCCCAUCUAAGUGAAAUAUUGUUUAAAAAGAAAAAAAAGAAGAAGAAGAAGAAAGAAUCACUUCAGCCAUAAUAUGUAAAACAUAGUUAUGCAACAAAGGAUAAGCUGAUCAUAUCCAGGUUGAUUUUUCAGUCUGAUUCAGGCAGGAGUUUGUCGGUUAUUCGUCACAGCCUCAUGGAAAACCAUUCAACUGGUUUUGUACCUCAAGAAGUGGUAUGCAACUGCAUUUGACGUGGAUGUAACAUGACUACAGUCUGCCUUCUGUCUGUAAACAGCAAAGAGAGCUUUGCUACGACUGCACAUGAAAAAAAAAAGCACAUAAUAACCAAGCCUUUUGCCAAGAACCUAUAAUAUUGAAGAGUAUGUUGAUCGCUUUAUUUGUAUUUAUAAAUGACAGACUUUUCAAAGAAAUUAGUGCCAUAUGUACUUUUUUAAAGAAAUAAGCAUAAGCUGGAGGCAGAGUAUCCAAAUGCAGUAGAGCCAGUAUGUUCCUUUUUAUGAUGCACAAUUAAAACACAGGAAAGCAUUUAAAGCGUAACUUUAUCCCCGAGUCUCGUAACGGCAAAAACCAUGUUACACAAGCAGUGGUGCUUCAGUGCCUGUUUGACAGCAGAGGAAAAGAAAGAGAAAAUAAACCAUCACAGCUGUUCAAUGUGCUUUAAACCAGAGUUUCUAAACCUGAAACCUCAGCCUGUUUCUUGAACCUAAUUUACACUUUGAAAAACAACUGAAGUGGUUCACUUGACUUCGACCUUUGACCUAUGCCACCAGGUUUGACGUGUUUUUGAAGUGAUGCAGCGAAACGAGCUCUGUCCUCAUCACGAUCAAGUGCAGUAAUUCUGAUGUGAGAUCUGACUCAAAUCACAUUGACUAUAAACUCGCCAAGUUUGUGCAGCCCCAUUGGAAGCCGUUCUGUUUGGAGUUUGCAUGUUGGUCCCGGUUCGUACGUAAAUGAUCUCUUCUUUCACUCAUAGUCAGCUGUGAUCGGAUGAGGGUCGAUCCACUCUGACCCUGCAGUAUUUUAACUGGAUAACAGGAACAUCUCUGGUGUCUUUAACUGAGAACUUAUGCAGCGCAGCAUAAAGUCGGUGGCUUCAUUUGACAAGGGUAAAACUGAGAAGCGAGAACGUUUCAAAGGCGGCGUCUCGUUUUUCUUUCAUUCUUUGCAAACUAUCAGAAUUUUGAGCCAACUUUUCCUCUGAACUAGUAACUCUGAUCCAUGCGGUACUCCCGACGUUAAACCAGUGGUUUUGCUGACGCUGUGUGUAAAUACUACAUGACAAAGUGCUGAUGUUGUGAAAGUCGCUGAGCAGCCAGGAUCUGUCAAGUGAUUGGUCUUUUUUUUUUGUGUGCUACAUGUAAAUGUCUGGGAGAUGUGAGGUGCAGCACAAGAAGAAACAGACUUAACGGAACGACGUGUGUGUUAUUUUCCCGGGACUCUGUUUUGUGUCCUUGCAGUGAUUUUAAGGAAACUGACGAGGGUCCGUUCAAACUACAGCUUUUUGCCUUUGCUUUUUCUGUGGGUGAUCAAUGCCCUUUUGGACUCUCAAUGUCUUUGAAAUGCAAGUUGCAAUAUUAAAUUUAUCUCAAAA